AUGUCAUCACUUCCAAAGACGUUCAAGGCUGCCAUUUUGGAAUCCAAGGAUGCGCCGCUCAAGAUCGUAGAGCAGGAGUUGAAGAAGCCGGGCCCCGGCCUUGUACUCGUCAAGGUGCUGGCUUGUGGUGUGUGUCACUCCGAUGUGGGCGUCCAGCAGGGCGGCUUCGGCGACGUAUUUCCCCGUAUUCCCGGCCACGAAAUCAUCGGCGACGUAGUGGAAGUCGGCGAGAACGUGACCAGGUUCUCUGGCGGAGAGAGGGUGGGAGGCGCUUGGCAUGGAGGCCACGAUGGGACUUGCCGCCAAUGCCAAAAGGGCUUUUUCCAGACAUGCGACAAGGGGACCGUCAACGGUGUCUUCCGUGAUGGUGGAUACGCAGAGUAUGUACUACUCCGCUCCGAGGCCGUCGUUCGGGUACCGAAGGACGUCGACCCUGCCGAGGCGGCCCCACUGCUUUGCGCCGGUGUCACCGUCUUCAACAGCAUCCGCAAGGCGGGUAUCGAGCAGGGGAACUUGGUCGCCAUCCAGGGAUUAGGUGGCCUCGGUCAUCUCGGCAUACAGUACGCCAACCGUAUGGGAUACAAGGUUGUGGCGCUGAGUUCGGGGUCUGAAAAGAAGGACUUUGCCAAGCAGCUCGGCGCUCACGAGUACAUCGACACCAAGGCAGAGGAUCCCGUCAAGAAACUCAAGGAGCUCGGUGGCGCCGCUUUGAUUCUCGCGACGGCGCCUAACCCCAAGGCCAUCUCGCCUCUCACCGGCGGUCUUCAGCCGGGGGGCAAGCUGUGUGUGUUGGCACCGGUAGGGAAGCUGGAAGUUGACUCUGUGGACCUGAUCGUCGGAGGCAAGUCGGUGGUGGGCUGGCCGAGCGGCAACCAGUUGGAUUCGGAGGAGGCAAUUGAUUUUGCGGCGACACACGGCGUCAAAUGUAUGAUUGAGAAGUUUUCUCUGGACGAUGCGAAGAAGGCGUCGGAGCAUAUGACUUCCAACAAGGUGCGUUUCCGCAGCGUAUUGGUGAUUGGGUGA